AUUUAAGUUCUUUUCAUUCUGUGUCUAGUGUGAAAGUGGAUACAUAAGAAGAUGGAUAAACUAUGACGCAUCAGAGUCAUCAAACAAACGGAGCCAGUUUAGAGGAUUGUCACACAAACUUCUUUGCUCUGACUGAGCUAUGCGGUAUCAAAUGGCGUAAGCUGGUGUGGGGCGAGGCGGAGGGCCUGGAACCUCUGGAGGACCCCGUGCUCUCGUCCUUCUCGCGAUGUCUGGCCGGCGACAUCCUGUGUGUAUGGCGGCGAGUGAGCAGCCAGCCCGGGCAGCGCGACAUGUUCGACCCGCUGGGACUGCCGCAGCCUCCCGCGGGCCCCCAGCACCCUCCGCUGUCGCUGGCCGCCGCCAAGGAGCUCUGGAUCUUCUGGUACGGCGAGGAGCCCGACCUCUCGGGCAUCGUCAGCCAGGAGCUGCUGGCCACCGAAGGAGAGCAGGGAUCUUGGGAGAGCGGCUUGUCCUACGAGUGCAGAUCUCUUCUGUUCAAGGCAUUGCAUAACCUCAUCGAAAGAUGUCUAUUAUCUCGAGACUUUGUGCGGUUGGGCAAAUGGUUUGUGCAACCCUACGACGGUUCGGAGAAGAAACAGGAGAAAAGUGGCCACUUGUCGUUUUCAUUUGCAUUCUUCGUGCACGGAGAGAGCACAGUCUGUGCAAGCGUGGACGUGCGCCAACACCACCCGGUGCGCACGUUGAUACGUGCACAUCUCCAGCAAGCUCAGGCAUGUUUACACUCCGGCACCGGUGUACAAGUGAUCCUCGCUCCGUACGGAAUGGCGGGCACUCUGACGGGGCAGUCGUUCAAAGCGCUGGACGCCCAGACGCAGCGGCUCAUGGAUGAUUGGAAGCACUUCUACCCCACUCGAGAUGUGGCCGACCUUCCAUCUGCAGUAGAGGUCAUUGUUGGUGGUGUGAAGUUACGGUACCCGUCCUGCUAUGUCCUGGUGACCGACAUGGACGAGACCACCUCUGCCCUCAUCAACACACAGCCUGGGGGUAUCAAGUCCAGCCUGCCUUGCAUGGGUCUAACAGUGUCUGUAGUCGGCCAGCACCAACAACACCCGGAGUGCAUGGUUCACGCUUCCACACCCUCCACCGUGCUGCCGGAGCGGGCCUGGCAGGACUCCACCAUAAGCCUGACCCCCGGCCCCACCAGCCCCACUCCGACGGACCCCCCGGUCCCUCCGGCCCACUGGGACUUCCAGGAUCCUACGAGAAAACAAAACUGCUCGUGUCCAAAGUGUAGGAAGUUGGGUCGUGUGGUCCGAGCCCGGGUGCCGUUCCAUCAGCGCACCCCCGGCGAUCCAGAGGACGUGUUCAGGUUGACGUCAGCGUACGGCCAGCAGUCUACGCCUCAUCACCACCAGAAUGACUCUCUGCCAGUCGCCAGUGUGGGGUCUCCCGCCUCGGUGGCCCCAUCUCCCCUACCAAAUCCCCAGUCCCAGCCCGCCUCGGUCCCCCCGGCCGACCCCACCAUGCCCACUCUCUCCCCCCAGCCACCACCUCCCCACCAUCACCCUCCUGCUCCCAGCCCACUAGAGGAUAAAGUCGUCUGUACUCCGGACGGACACUUCCAUGGACCAAAGUCUGUUUCUUCCAUUAAUCAGGUGUUCUCACCAUACCCAUCUGCUCUGAGCGUGGAGGGUGUAAAGGCACUGGACAGUGUAGGAGGUCCCGGCAGCGCCCCGCCCCCUGUGUCCGGCCCCGCCUCUGCCCCACAACCCCCACCCUCUCAGGAGCCACCGCCGCCCACACUCAAGCGGCCGGUCCUCUCUUCCAAGGAGUACGAGACUAUCCUGCAGGAGGAAGAGCAGCCCUCCAACCUGCUCUACGAUUACGCCUCGCUCGAAGCUUGGCUGAAUCAUCCUGUGAAGAGGUUCAAGCCGACGGAGCCUCGGCCAGAACCCAACCGAGGGCCGACGUUCCCGCAGUACACGCCGCCAGCCCCCUCCCCUCCCCACCAGCACUACAUCAAGCAGGAGCAACCAGGUGUCAUGCCUUUUUUGCAGAUGGAAGUGGACGCGCCAAGUGGGGGUGGACUGUGCAAACGCUCAGACCCGUAUGAGUUUGACGAAGACGGCACUGCGCCCAUGGAGGGGUUCAAUCGGAAUCAGGCUGGUCAACCUAUCAAGGAGGAGUGUGACAAGAAGGGACUGGACCCCGCGGCGCUCAACGGGCCGAGGCUGCAGUCGAGUAACCUCUUCACCAAGGAGGCCAUCGAGGCCACCAGCUUCAACGAUCUAGACCAGAUAUUUGAUAACUCGGAUGACACCUCUAGCGAUGAGGCUGGGCUCAUAUUCCAAGUGCAGAUGCCAACUCCACCCGGCUCCAACAAGGCCGGAGAUGACUUUCCUGGCACGCUGGUGGUGCGGCCGCCGCGGGGCAGCGGGGGCGUGCGGCCUGAAGAGCUCUCCAAGAUGUUCCCCACGCCCCCGUCCCACGAGCAUAACCCCAUCUCAUCCCCGUGUGGAGGCCACCUGGGUGACACCCCUGUCCACGAGCCGCCCGACUUCCUGCCACUGCCUCGUGUAAAGCAGGAGUACCACCUCGGCAGUCCCCAGCAUGAACCUAUAGAGGACUGGUCUUACGUCUUCCGACCCCCUCAGAUGUGGAAGUUUGUCGGAUCGUCCAAGUACGCUCCUCUGACGAACCUGCCGAGCCAGAACUUGCCCCCCAUCACCAUGCCUUCUCAUUGUGUGUACAAGCCUUCCUGGCUCUACCCCCACCACCAGGAUAAGCCUACGAGUCACAUGAACAACAUGUUGACACCGGUGCAUCAGCCACCUAGGAGUACUGGGCCCCCGCUGCGGGGUAUGUCCCCCUACCCCGCCAGCCCCAUGUCGUGGCGGGCCCCGCCCACGCAACCUCCCCCGCCCUACAGUCCCGCCCAGCCCCCCAGCCUCUACAAGUCCAGGCCGCCAGAGGCCAACAGUCUGGUCGUCAACAUUCUGCUGGGUGACACAGCACUCAACAUCUUCCGAGACCACAACUUCGACAGUUGCACGCUUUGUGUGUGUAAUGCCGGACCCAAGGUGGUGGGGAACAUUCGAGGAGCGGACGCUGGUGUGUACCUGCCCACUGGACCACCAUUCUCAGGCGGGGUGUUCUCUCCUGCCCAUCAUCCCCAGGAGGACGACCCAAUCCGCUGCAGUUGUGGUUUCAGUGCGGUGGUGAAUAGGAGACUCUCGCACCGGUCGGGACUGUUCCUGGAGGACGAAAUGGAAAUAACGGGACUCAUAGAGGAACGCGAGGAAACGAACCAUCCGGGGCUCGUGGGGGCCGCGUUGGGUGUCAUGGAUCUAGUGAGACAACAGUGCGUUGUGGUGCAUAGUGCUAGUAACUCAUUGUAUCGUGCCGCGCGCCAACACAGACCCUUGUCCGCACCACCGUCCAUCAAUCUGCUGGAGUUCGGUGACGGCAACCACGUGACUCUGGCCGCGCUGGAGCAGGGCAGGCUCGCUUCUGCGCACACGGACUCUUCUUCCGUCUCCAUGUGCAAGGUAGAGGAGAUGGCGGCGAGGCACUGCGGCAAGGUGCCGGCAGUCCACCGCUGGCCGUACACGCGAGCGCGAGGUCCUCGCUGCAACCAGGACAUUGUCCGCAUCAUGCGCUCACUCCAACCCCUGCUGCAGGACGCCAUACAGAAGAAGUGCACCACGCGGAUGUGGGACGCCCCGUACACAGUUAGCGGUCCGCUCACGUGGCGCCAGUUCCACAGGCUGGCUGGACGAGGAACGGACGACAGAUGUGAGCCGCAGCCGAUUCCCAAGGUGAUGGUGGGACACGAGAAGGACUGGCUUUCCGUGGCACCGUACUCGCUACACUACUGGGAGAAGUUGUUGCUAGAGCCAUACUCCUACGCCAGGGACAUUGCGUACGUCGUGGUCGCUCCAGAUAACGACUACGUCCUUGGUGCGGUCAGGAGUUUCUUCCGCGAGUUGAGCUCCACGUACGAGAUGUGCAGGCUGGGUCGACACUGUCCGAUCACCAAGGUGCUGCGGGACGGCAUCCUUCGUGUCGGCAACAAGGCAGCCAUCAAGUUGGCCAAGGAGCCUGUGGACGAGUGGUUCACCAUGUUGGGCGACAACUCCACCACCAAUAUGCUCAAACUUUAUGCUCAAGUCUGCAGGUACCACUUAGCCCCGCACCUGUCGCAAGUAGUGAUGGACCGGAGUUUGUUGGACCCGCCAGAAGGCAACUGCCCGCCAAGGCCCACUCCUACCCCCUCGCCAAUGCCGCCACCCUCCACCCCUGACAGCCAAGACAGACAACCUUCCACACCCAAGUCUUCUGACCAGGAAGACAGUGGGCGAGGAGAGUCGUGCAGCAGCGGCGACAGCAGCCACGAGGAGGACAACGGUGAGCCUCCGGCCUUGGUGGUGUAUCUGGUCGAGCCCUUCACACUGGGCAGUGACUCUAGCGAUUUGCAACGGUUGGCGUGCCUGGGCCUGCUGCGGUGUUUCAAUAACGUGUUGGCUGCACUGCCAGACAACAUCAAAGCCAACAUCACACUGCAGAUAAUAUCGCUGGAGAGUAUCGUGGAGCUGGGGCGCAGUGGAGACCGCAAGCGGCGUAACGACCACAUGCGUGCAACAGCUCUCUCCGUGUUCUCCCAGUGCCGGCGGCAGCUUCAGCACCAGACCAACAUGGUGAAAGCUCUCACCGGCUUCGGCACGGCAGCCUGCACGGACCUCUUCCUUAAAACCAAAGAUGAAAAGAACAGGUCACCUUACAAGGUGUACACGCCACCGUACAUCCUGGCCAAGGGGCGGGGACGGGAGGGCGGCGGGGGCGGUGGAGAGGGUGACUCGCUCAGCUCGGAGCAGCUGUGCUCGGUGUUGUACGUCAGCUACUGUCUUAGUGAGGACCAACGCUUCCUGCUGGCGUCUGCUACGGAUGAACAGGGACACCUACUGGAGACCGCCACCAUCAACGUACACAUACCCAACAGGAGUAGAAGAAGAAAGGCGAGUGCUCGGAGAAUCGGUCUCCAGAAGCUGAUGGACUUCAUCCUAGGAGUGAUGUCUCAAGGAGUCACUCCCUGGAGGCUGGUGGUAGGCAGAGUGGGGAGGAUAGGCCACGGCGAGCUUAAAGGAUGGAGCUGGUUGUUGUCGCGCAAGUCACUGCUGAAAGCUUCCAAACACCUGAAGGAGAUAUGCGGGCAGUGCAGCCUUUCGUACCCGCACGACGUACCCUGCAUCCUGUCUGCAUGUCUGGUCUCGCUGGAGCCUGACUCGUGUCUACGGCUGAUGCCCGAUCAGUUUACGCCCGAUGAGCGGUUUAGCCAGCAGUCGGUCAAAUGUCAACUUUCCACGCCCCAAGACGUUACCUGCACGCACAUCCUCGUGUUCCCAACCUCUGCAACCACUCAGUCGUCUCAGACAGCAUUCCAAGAGCAGCAGAUAAACGGGCCUGACUUGGGGGACGACGAGCUGUUCAACGCCCUCAACGACGACAUGCCUGAGGGUAUGGGUGACUUCAACGACAUCUUCAGCCAGUGGCCGGAGACGGAGGCGGAGGCAGGAGGUGUGCGUAGCCCAGGGGGUAGCCCCCGCGGUCGCGGCGGGGACAGUUCCCAGGCCGGCAGCCCUUCCUGUAUGACCGGGCCUGACGAUCACCACAGCCCUUACCCUUGCAACGGGCCCUCCAGGAGCGGAGAGGUGAGUGAGGAGGUGGGAACGUUACUGCAGCAGCCGCUGGCACUGGGGUAUCUCGUGUCGACGGCCCCGACCGGCCGCAUGCCUCGUUGGUUCUGGACCACCUGCCCGCACCUGGAGACCGCCUGCCCCGCCUUCCUCAAGAAUGCCUUGCACCUGCACUCCACCGCCAUCCAGCAGAACAGUGAGGAGUUGUUACAACAACAGAGCAACGUGGCCGGCCACCCACUAGACUCGCAGUACACCACGGAUGUCCUCAGGUACGUGCUGGAAGGCUACAACUCACUGUCAUGGCUGGCGCUGGACUCCAACACGCACGACCGUCUCUCCUGCCUGCCCGUGCACAUGCAGAUACUCAUGCAGCUCUAUCACAUGACUUCCGCACUCGUUUGACCCCCGCACCCGCUGUAGACAACCAACUGCCACACGCCGCCGCCGCGUUCACGUAAUAGCGACGUUUUAAUAAAGACAGAUAGAUUUCAAGUUUAAAGGUCCAAACAGAACGUAAGUGUUCAUUAGAUGAUUUUUAUCGAUUUGUUGAUAUCUCCUUCUUUUAAUUAUAUAGACACAGCAGGAAGGGCUGUUAUGUGAUGUAUAUGUGUGCGACUUGUAAAUAAUAUUUAUAUGAAAAUAUGUAAAACUUUCCCUCUCUGUUCAUAGUGUAUUAUAAUUUAUUUAUUGCAUAACAUCUUAGAUGACUGUGUGACAGUGUGUAUAGUGUAAUUCGGUUCCUCCUCUCUGUCACGGUCCAUAGUGCAAUACUUCCGGGUCUAGAUCGGCCGCUCUAAUACGCAGAGAUACUACUUAAGUUCCCUGUACUUCGGGAGGCCGUUCUCGUCUGAGAGCUCGGCCUCUCAACGUAAUCAACUGUUGUUUAGUACAUAACUCAAAUACGUACCGUAUGUACUUAAGUUUCACCUAUUCAUAGGUUUUAGUUUAUAAUAGGGACAUUAUUCGGUUUUUGGCCUCGGUAACAAUUCAAACUCCGGUCCGUUUUGUCAUCUGAACAAAUCUUAACUCCCGUCACCAAAAUUAGACUGUCAGUCAAAUAAUUUGAUGUGACUUUGUUCUGGCAUAAAGAAUUAGUGUUGUAAGUCUCUUUGUCAGUGAACGUAAAUUUACGCAGUCGGCCAAAAAUUCACCCUAUUAUAGUUAGGCCUCUCCACAUUCUGAACGCAACAUAACAUAAUCGUUAUCGACUAACUAUUCUAAACGAGUUGCAUACGCGCGCGCGCCAUCUACGGACAGAGAUCGGUACGCCUAACUGCCAGUCAAUUACUCUAUUAGAUCCUAUUGUAAACUUUUUAUACACUUUUUAAACAUAAGUGAUAGAAUUUAUUUUAAUAGGUAAUUUAUUAUAUUAGCUUAAAAUAAACGAGAGUUUUGUUAUUGUAUUUUUUGUUGACGUUGGGUUUUUACAAUCGAGUUGAUAAUUAUCUUUUAAAUAAGGUUUUUAGUUAUAUAGUUGUUUUUUUAAUAAACCAACCUUACUGCAAUAUUUUGUAGAUUUUAUAAGUAAUAGGAAAUUGUGUAACAUGUAAUAAAAUAAUUAAUUACAGGUUCAAAACUCCAAUAAAUCACGUUUUAUUAGUCAGUAUUCUAGAGAGAAGGUUGUAAAUAAUUAAUGUAAUUAGAUCUGACAGAUUGUGAUAUAAGGGUAAUACACGAUUUCAGUUCGUCGCCGUUUAGUUUUCAAUUAAUAAAACAAAAUUGUUAUUUUUAUAAUUUUGCCACUUUUAAUCGGACAACUUGGAAAAAACUUUGUUUUGUUAGUUGGUAAUAUUUUAUGUUUUGGUUGUUGAGUGUACAUUUAUUUUUGAUUAAUUUUCACGUUUAUUUUUUAAUAUUGUAUUUUAGUAUUUUCAACUGUUGUAGAUGAACCUGGUGGUGAUUUAAUAAACAGUAUUAUGAAAAUUUUGGUUGGUCAUGAUCACAUUUAACACGUUCUGUUUAUUUUAUCACUAAGUGUCAAAUUUAUCAGUCGACAGUAUUACUGACCAAACACUUCAACUUCUCAACACUAUUGACACAUUACGACGGCCUGGUACUGUAUGUUAUGGUGUAUAUAGUUAACAAAUUUGUUCAGUAUAUAUUUUAUUAAAUGAUUUUAUUGACAUGAGUACAAUCAGUUGUAAAGUUUUUUUAGUACAAAAUGAGGUUUUGGCAAUUGUUAUGGUUUUUAAGUACAUGUGUUGUCUGUGCCUUCUAUCAGAGUUUUUCUCUUGGUUUUGUGGUAAAUUUUAUUUAAAUUUUGAGUGAGCUUUGGACAAAGUGUUUUUACUACAUAAAUACAGAAUUAAAUAACUAUCGUGGAUUUUUUUGAUGCUCAUAACUCAUAACUCAUGAUCCAGAUUUCUUACAGUUACUUUUUGUGCGAUAAAUUUAGUUUUGAGUGAGCUUUAGGCAAAUUAUUUUCACUUCAUAAAUACAUAAUUAAAUAACUAUCUUGUAUUUAUGUACGUACAAUAUUCUUUGAGUCUCUUUUAUUUUUUAUGCAAUUUACAACAUUUAUGACCCAGAUUUCUUAUGGUUAGUUCUUGUAAUAUUUAUGCCUACUGUGUUGUAUUUUAUAAACAUCCAAUCUCACAUUAAAUUCAUUAAAAUAUUCCUAGCAUUUGAAAAUUUAUGUUAAUAUUUUUUAUAUGUAGGUUUUCGGAUAGUGUAGGAAAAUUUAUAUUCAUUGUUAAGUUUUGUUUAAAAUUAAAAGCACUACAACAAGAGGGACAAAUUCAAAAUGUAAAAGCAAUUUUUAUUUUGUUUCAGAGAAAAGCAGGAAAUGUUAUUGAAUCAUCUGUGGUCUUUAAAACCAUUUUGUUCUUUAAAAUUCUUCCAUUAUUUUUAUUAUUGGAUUAUAAAGCUUUGUAAGAACUCUGUUUUGAUAUUUGAAUGCCUCAGAUAUGGUUCGUUGAAUAUUUCAGACCUGAACUCUUAUGGACAGGAUUUUAAAUAAUGUUAUUUUUCUUAAUACUUUGUAUUUGAUUGUAAAUGCAAUCUAGUUUUUAUAAAUACUAAAGAUUUUCCAACUAGUUCAUAAAAGUCUAGAUUUUAAAGUCAUUAUCAAAUUCAUUGUACGAUUCUUAGUGUUUUAUAACAUCUAACAUAUCCCAUAAUUUUCAUAUGGAAGUUUUGGCAAAAGAGUUAAUUUGCACCUAAAUCAAUAUAGAAGGGAAUGAUAAAAUAUGUAACCAUACUUUUGUGAUAUGUAUGAAACAAGCUAUUUCUAAGUAAACAUUUUGAGUGUUGCAUUUCUCAGAAUGAAGGAACAGUCAAUACAUUUACUUUAAACCAUGGUUAGUGCUCUUAAAAAUUAAAUUUAUACUCUGUUGUACUAUUUUAAAAAAAGUUAAAAUUUGUCAAAGUGUAUUGUUGUUCUGUUUACAAAUUUAAAAAAAGUCAAAUAUAAUUUUCAUUGUUUAAUAAAGUGUUUUUGAUAAGAAUAAGACACUUUUUGUUCUUUGGU